GGGGCAAAAAUAGAACGGGAAGGGAAGAGUCUAGAGUGCGGACAACAUUGAUUUGAUCUUACGUCCUUUCCUUAACACCCAAGCCUUUUAUAUUAUCAGGUGUGUAAUAUAUACGAAACCGAAUCGAAGAAACACAAGAAGAAAGUUUCGAAUUUCCUUUCCGUUUUCCAGGAGAAUUUGCUUCUUCGUAAGAAACCCACCACCAAAAAAAAAAAAAAAAUUGAAGUCCAUUAUUGCUUUUAUUGGGCGAUGGCAGGAAGAGGAGGGAGGACGAGGGGAUUGCUGCCAUGGCUGGCUUGGGAGGCGGUGAGCCAAUACUACAGGCUCGACAGGAAGCCUCCGGUCACAGCCGGCCUCAUUGCUGCCAACACUCUUAUCUAUUUGAGGCCUGAUUUUCUCGAUUCCAUUCUCCCCUCUAUCGACCAAGUCUGGUUCAAUCCUCAUCUCAUUCUCAAGUACAAGGACUUGAAGCGAUUUUUCCUGUCGCCAUUCUACCACAUUGGAGAACCCCACCUGUUUUACAACAUGUUGUCCCUCUUAUGGAAAGGGAUUCAACUGGAAACUUCAAUGCCAAGCAUCGAGUUCGCGUCCAUGGUCGCCGAGCUACUCGCCAUGUCGCAAGGAAUCACGCUCUUGCUUUCCAAGUCCCUUCUCUUGCUCUUCGACUACGAGAAGCCCUAUUACUCCGAGUACGCUGUGGGAUUCUCCGGCGUCCUCUUUGCCAUGAAAGUCGUCCUUAAUUCUCAGUCCGAAAACUACUCCAAUGUGUACGGAAUUAUAAUCCCGUCACGCUAUGCUGCUUGGGCUGAGCUUAUUCUCAUCCAAAUGCUUGUUCCCGGGGUCUCAUUCCUUGGCCAUUUGGGUGGAAUUCUUGCUGGUAUUCUCUAUCUGCACCUCAAGAGGACAUUUUCGGGUCCAGACCCACUUGCUGUAUUCAUUAGAGGUCUUAGCAGAGGUCUUACAGGGAUUGUAAGCUGGCCAAUGAGGGUUGUGAAGGACUUGUUUCAAUGGCGGCGACACAGAAUAUCUGGCAGGGGAAGGGUCGGCCGAGGUAGCGAGAAUCGACGAGGAAUGCCUGACCAAUCGUUGGGCGUUUGGAGAUGCCCUGAUUGUACAUAUGAAAAUCAUGUUCUGCUGAGCAUCUGUGAGAUGUGUGGGACGAGUAGGAGUGGGGUUGGAUUGGAUUCUCGUCCCUCAUUGUCUCACCUUUCUCGUGACCACCCUCCUUUGGAUGAGUUGCGUCGCCGGAGAAUUGAAAGAUUUGGUAGUCAGUAGGUAAAUGAUUCGGAGAUUCCAAUUGAAUGAAUGAAUAGAUUGAGCAUAUUUUUUGUUGUUGAAAGAUAUGUAAAGUGAAAAUGCUCUGUGUCAUAGUUCCUUACAAGCAAAAAACGAAAGUAUCUUUCAUAUUUCUGGUUUGAUGGUUGGUUUUGAUUCAUUAGAAUUGCACCCUUGAAUUUUGUAUGGUAGAUCUUAAAGUUUGGGUAGGAGAUUAAAAAGUAGUCUCACGGUGCAAUUAAUGCUGGAAAAUUGGACUCCAAAAGAAGUUUGU